UACUGCUUCCUAUGCUCAGCACAGUAUCCCCUCCCAUGCUGAAUGCUUAAGUGAGGAGUAUUACAUUUUGUGUAACAUGAUUGCUAUUGCUUUGGGAGCUUUAGGUCUGAGAUUUUCACAAUUCGUAUAUUGAGGGGCGUGGAGGAAAGAAGUACCAGGGGUCAGCAUAUACUGCAUUCUAUGCACGGAAAGCACCCUUCUAUGGUUCAUGAAGAAACUUUCUUCAUUUCUUAUUGUUGGACGCAAGAUAUGUUUGGAAAGAAAUGGGAUCAAGCAGGAAGCCGAAACAAAUUAAUGGCUGAAGACCCCUUGACUGCACCAGCCCUUUUAGGUUUUCAGUUUCCAGAUAAAUCACUUGGCUACCAGCAGUUGAGAAGCCAGCAGAAGUGUUUUGCCCUGGCUGUGGAUGAUGAGGAUGGUGAAAAUAUGAAUCCUACAACGAAGGCGUGUAAGUUGCUCUUUCUGGGCACCACAGGUUCAAGCAGCACUGACGUAAAAGAGAACCGUAAUCUGGAGAACAUCUCUCUUAAGGAAAGCAGUCAAGCUCCUGGUGAGGCACAGCUUUCAAAUGGCAGCAAUUCCUCCAUUAACAGAAAACGGCCACUGGAAGAGGGAAAUAACGGUCACUCACAUCCUAAGUUUCGUGCCAAGAAGAGGAAGAAAACACCAGGUCCCAUUCUACCAAAGAAUGCACUAAUGCAAUUAAAUGAGAUUAAACCUGGCCUCCAAUACAAGUUGUUAUCUCAGUCUGGCCCAGUCCAUGCUCCUGUUUUUAUCAUGGCUGUGGAAGUCAAUGGACAAAACUUUGAAGGAUCUGGGCCCACUAAGAAAAAAGCCAAGUUGCAUGUAGCUGAAAAAGCCCUGAGGUCGUUUGUUCAGUUUCCAAAUGCCUCUGAGGCUCACCUGGCUAUGGGUCGAAUGCUGAAUGUUAAUACGGACUUUACGUCAGAUCAUUCUGACUUCCCAGAUACUCUUUUUAAUGGAUUUGAAACCCCAGUACAAGGAGAUGAUCCUUAUCUCUUGGGGUCCAAUGGAGAUGGCUCUUUCAGUUCAGGUGACUAUAACUCUUUUGGUCUCUCGUGUGGUGUUGGAGGAAGUAGUGUAGGUCAGUCAGCGCUCACUGCUCCAUCUCCUUUUGCCAUGACCAGUGGCAAGAACCCAGUUAUGAUCCUGAAUGAACUGCGCCCAGGACUCAAGUAUGAGUUUGUUUCUGAAAGUGGAGAGAGCCAUGCGAAAAAUUUCAUCAUGGCUGUAACUGUAGAUGGGCAGACAUUUGAAGGGUCAGGGAGGAACAAGAAGUUGGCAAAGGCUCGUGCGGCUCAAGCAACUCUUCAGACUUUGUUUAACAUGCAACUGGACUCGACACCAUCGCGGCAACCUAUUCCUAGUGAAGGUCUUCAGCUUCACCUGCCUCAGGUACUGGCAGAUGCAGUGGCUCGAUUAGUGGUGGAUAAAUUCAGUGAACUGACUGACAACUUCACCUCCCCUCAUGCACGGAGGAAAGUUCUUGCCGGUGUUGUCAUGACAACAGGAUCUGAUGUCAAAGAUGCCCAGGUUAUAUGUGUCGCCACAGGAACUAAAUGCAUCAAUGGCGAGUAUAUGAGUGACCGAGGCUUGGCUCUGAAUGAUUGUCAUGCUGAAAUUGUUGCACGCAGAUCCCUGAUCCGGUUUCUCUAUUUCCAAAUGGAGUACCAUUUAAGUAACAAGACAGAAGACCACCACAAAUCCAUUUUUGUUAAGCGUGAAGGAGGAGGCUUCAAACUUAAGGAAAAUGUGCAGUUUCACCUCUAUAUCAGUACAUCACCAUGUGGCGAUGCCCGUAUCUUCUCACCACAUGAAGCAGCAGUGGAGGAUCAGGGAGACAAGCACCCAAAUCGGAAAGCACGAGGCCAGCUAAGGACAAAAAUUGAAUCUGGCGAAGGGACGAUUCCAGUUAGAUCCAGCAACACUAUUCAGACAUGGGAUGGAGUGUUACAAGGAGAACGAUUGCUCACAAUGUCAUGUAGUGAUAAAAUAGCAAGAUGGAAUGUGCUUGGGGUUCAGGGAGCUUUAUUGAGCCAUUUUGUGGAGCCUAUCUACUUUGCCAGCAUUAUCCUGGGUAGUUUGUACCAUGCUGAUCACUUGUCUCGUGCAGUCUACCAGCGAAUCAGCGAAAUUGAAGACCUCCCAAGCAUAUAUACCCUCAACAGGCCUCUACUUAGUGGUAUUAGUAACACUGAAUCACGCCAACCAGGCAAGGCACCAAAUUUCAGUGUCAAUUGGGUCGUGGAUGACUCGGGCCUGGAAGUCAUUAAUGCCAUGACAGGAAAAGAUGACAUGGGGCGUCCUUCUCGAUUAUGUAAAUACGUUCUGCACAGUCGUUGGCUACGUCUGCAUGGAAAGUUGCCAUUCUUGCAUCGAUCCAAGCAAGAGAAGUUCAGUUCAUACUAUGAAGCAAAGCAGGCUGCCAUCGAGUAUCAAGCUGCCAAGGAGUCCUUGAUCAAAGAGUUCCAGAGGAGUGGAUUAGGCAUGUGGGUGAAAAAGCCCAUUGAACAGGAUCAAUUCGCUCUGUCUGGCUGAGCCCAUGUUGGGAUUUUUAAGGAUGCAAAGCUGCUGGAAUUCCAUGUGUCAGAUGUAUUUAUUAACUUGUAACUUUAAACUAAUUUUUUUUAAUUUCCUUUUUUAAAACAAAGGUGCGUCCCUUUUCUUGGCUAUCAGCUAGAUUUUUAAAAUAGCACAAAAAGCAAUGUACACAAUACUUGUUUUAAUUGGCCUCUAAACUAGCAGAUAAAGUCAGUAAUUGAAGCUCUAAUUGAAAUGUGCAGCAUUGAGCACAUUUAUGAGCAUGCCCAAGGCUAGGCUGGUUUAAAACAUGGUACAAGUUUCUGAAAGGACAAUGUUGAGUUCUGUUUCUGAAAAUAAUAUAUACAGGAAAUAACCUGUAUUGUCAUCAUUAGUUUCAACCUUUAGAACUGGUCUUUAUAGUUUUGCAAUUUAGCACUCCUGACACAGAACUACUUGUGAAGGGGGGAGCAUGUGUUUUGAAUUGAGGUGCAAAGGUCAGUGUGCCAUAUUCACAGUCCAUGCAAUUUUCUAAUGGACAGAAAAUCAAUUGGGCUACAAUUUGGGGAACACUGACUUGUGCACUCAGUACCCACGAUCCUGCUCCUGUUUUAUGAAGCACUACAGCAGGAGCACUAAAUCAUACAGUUUCUCCCUAUACAUGUUCUCGGCGUAAACAUCAUCAUGAUAAUGAGCAAAACUCUUGAGAACUUGGACUUAGGGUAGUGUGGGAGCUCCUGUAAAGAUACAGAAAGGGCAAACUGUCUACUGGUUGUUUUUAGAUAAUGGGGAUGUGAUGUACAAUCCCCCUAAGUUAGCAGAACCAUCACAGGCAAGUGUAGUACUUUGAUUCAGCACGUUUGGGGGGGUGGGUCUCUAUUUUUGACUGUUGUGAUGUCUAUUUGCAAGUCAAUUCCAAUGUAGCAUUCAAACUGAAGUGUUUUCUUUAAGGACAGGUCAUAAUUUAACUUGGCAGACUACAGUGAUUUCAAUGAUUCUUGUUGGUAUAGAUGCAUCUCUUGCAAAGUGAUACAGUUUAUUCAACUGAUUCUGACAAGCCCUCAACUGUAAAUUGGCCAGGUAGAUUCAGCACUGUUGUGUGACAGUUCUUUCACAAGGAGUUGGAGCAGCUAACCAAGAGUUCAGUUUAACAAAUCAAAGUCCAAAAAAAUGUAUUUUUUAAAAACGUAAUGAAGUGUUGAAGUGCAUUUUGGUAAAUUUUAAAUUACAGCCUAGCCUAGCCAUAAAAGGGAUGCUCUCUGUCUUACGUGUGUGCCUGCUGCUUUUUCCUUGUUCUUUCUUAAUGCACGACUGUUGGCGUGUUUAUUUCUUUGUUGUGUAAACUGGAAUAGCAUAUGCUUUGAUGCAAAUGUUCCUUGCGUUAAACCUUUGCAACUGAAUGAAGGCAUCUGCGAGUGUAAAGGGUCACAGUACAAUAAUCAGUCGUAAUUCAUUAAAGGUUUGCGUCAUGUGUCACAGAAAUAAAAGGGGGAUGCAAGUUAACCAAGAUUCUAACACUUGAAAACUAGUCGAAUUACAAGUGGAACAAUUCUAGUUACAUGAUUUCAUUUUGGGGCUGGCAGAGUCUCUUGUACAAGAUCCUUAACCUUGGUGUUGAAAGGUCAAAGUGUGUUGCUGCCAAGCUACAACCAUUACACUGUGUAACUGCCUUGGAACUAAACCAAUCAAGAGGUUUUGGUGGUAGCAUAAACUGAAUGCCUUGAGCACAUAAUAUAGAUCUUAUCUUUUGGCACUUUUGCUUAACAGAUCAGAUCCAGGAGAUUGAGAUUCAAAUGACCUCCAUGUUUGUGCUGUGGUCUGGCACCACUUCUGUGGCUGGAUGCCAGUUUCCAAGCAGGAGACCUAUUGUUCUGCACAUCUGCAAGUGCGUUAACAUCAGUGGUUAGAAAGCUUUAGCUUUUCCUUAAAACUGAUAGAAUAAUAAUUGUAGCCAGUACUUAAAUUUGGGGAGGAAUUCUGUUGUUAUUUCAUGUCAGUCAGUGGAUUAUGAUACUAGCUUCAGAACCUGUGCAGAUUAGCAUGCUGACUUGUGAAGCUGGCUCUCAGUGUUAAGUGACCAGAAGGGGAGAUACUUAAUUCAGCAUCAGAUUACAAGACCCAAGACAAUGUAGAUUUGCAGUCCUAUGAGAACUCUUGAGCUUGGGCCCUUUAUUUAUGAGUGGAGUCAGUGCAGGUGGAUGGCGUAAAAACCUAAAAUGCUGGAAAGACUCAGCAGGCCCGGCAGCAUCUAUGGAGGGAGAAACAGAGUUAAUGUUUCAAGUCUUUUUCAGAGCCCACUUCUGACAGUACUCACUCAGGAUCAGUGUACCCUUUAACCUCACUUGUUGUUUGUUACAUGAUCUAUUAUAUAUACUCUGUUUGGUUUUUGUUUUCACCAAUCUGAGUCUUUGCUUAACUGAAAGCACAGCUGCUGUUAAUGCUGUCAUUAUGGUCAUUUUGAAGUGAGCGGAAUCAAGUCCGUUGUCAGUCUGGCAUAACCAAGUGUAAGUCAUUCAACAUAUUUAUGGUCAGAUAUUCCAAAACCAUUUUAUGAGAUACAGAAUUAUUCAUUGUCAUGUCUAUUUAUAAAAUAUACAUGCACAUAAAUGCUGUAUUAGUUAUUGCCUUAUGCAACCCUACUUCUGGUAGUGCAUCAGUCAGCAGUGUCAAUCUUGCUGGAACCAACAAUUUAGCAGUAUCUAGUCAGCUUUUUGUUGCUUCUUAAUACUUGUAUUAUUAAAAUGAUGAGGGUUGCAUUUUAAAUGAAUGAGUUAUGUGCUUGAGGUUCAUCUGUAUUGUGUACCUUUUUGCAUAGCUAACUGUUUGUAGUGUUUUAUUAUCAUUAGAAUUUGUGUCCUGGAUCCCAGAAAAUUGACAGGUUGUGCCUAACUGCUUAAAAGGGCAUGGUGAGCAAACCUAAUGCUCCAUGUGACUCUUGUUAUCUGAGCAUGACAAAGGCAGUAUUGGUAACCAUGCAGCAAGAUAUUGCAUGGUGGGUCCCCACCCCCUUGUCCUUUUGUCUGUACUGCUUUUCAACUUUGCCCACUAUUCUUCAGUUGAGCUCAGGCAAAACUAUUAAGUAAAGGGGAAUGUGGUGCAAGCUAGCUUUGGACACAUGCGUUUUUAGUGGUAAUGCUUUCAGGUGUACAGGAUUCAGUAUGGACCCUGAAAAUUGUUUAAUUAUUAAUACUGUUAGCAGUUUAGAUCUUGGGUGGAGGUCUGAGAUGGGGUCCUACACCUUAUUAGGAUUUGAGCUUAACAUGCAUAAUUUCCUAAGCAGCCCUAUAGUCAGGUGACAAAUCUGAUUCUUUCAGAAUACUUAAAUAGGUUGGUCUUGACCUCCAAGGGAGGUCCGUCUUCACUCUCCAACUAGCUGGACCACAAAACAGCAAAUUUGGAGAAGCUGGGACCCUGUCUGCGAUCUUUGAAUACUGUUUGCUCUGGGUCAGUAACCAAUAAACGAUGGGACCCACUUUGAAAGUUUUCUUUUCAAAGUGUUGCAGAGGACGGAGAAUGUGUGAAUCACAUUGCUUGACAGUGUGGUAUUGAGAGAUGUGGAGACACUUCUGUCUUUCCAUGGGGGAGAAAAGCAAGAAGAAGAAAAAAAUCAGAAGAAUUCGACUGUGAUUCCAUAUUAAGAUAGAAAAUAAGUGCUAUAAUCAAAAAAGUAAUUACUGCAGCAUUUAAAAUUGGCGUGGAAUGCUGAUUUCUAUGAUAAAUAGUUUGAUAGACAAUGUAAAUGAUUAUCUAAUGAAAAAAGAAAUCGACUGUCAUAGCCAGCCAAAUUUCGGGUUUAAGGAGUUUUACUGUAAUAUUAAAAAUAGAAAUGGAUUUCAAACCAGCACAAACUGUUACGCCUUUCCACUGAUAUCUCAGUUCACAUACCUUUGCUUGCUGUACUACUUCAGUUUCUUGAGUCUUAAAUUCAACUUAACUGUUGUUUCUACUUUUUAAAGGUGUUUGGGUGGGGAUCCAAAACUAGGGAGCAUUAAUAGAAGAUAGUCACUAAUAGGUCCAAUAGGGAAUUCAGGGGAAACUUUACCCAAAGAGUAGUGAGAAUGUGAAACUUGCUACCAUAUGGAGUGGUUGAGGCAAAUAGGACAAGUGCAUUUAAGGAGAAGCUAGGUAAGUGUAUGAGGGAGAAAGGAAUAGAAGAUUAUGCCUAUGGGGUUAGAUGAAGAUGGGUGGAAAAGGGUUCGUGUGGAGCAUAAAAACUGGCAAAGUCUGAAUGGCCUGUUUCUGUGCUGUAAAUUCUAUGUAAUUUUAUGUAAUUAACUAGAAUAUUUAUCACAGUUGUAGAGAAGCAGUACUGUAAUGUUGUCUCAUAUAAUAGUAGAUCUGGUAUCCCACCCAAACCCUGUUGAUAUCAUCCACGCCAUGGAUAUCAUCAGUUAAGUGUGCUCUGUCACAAUGGCCCUGUCCAGACUGAGACCUUAUUGUCAAUAAUGUGAAUUUUCUCCACACAUUGGGAGUGUAUUGUCAAGUAUCUUGUGGUGAGAUCUUUACACAUCAUGGGGUGGAGAGGAGGUUAUGCGUGUUUUAUUGCAUCACAAGGAAAUCUAGUCGAAUAUUCUCUUCUGUAAACUUAUUUUUGUGACCUUUUUAAUUUUAUAAGGAACAAUCGCUUAAACACAACUUUCAUUGUCUUCUGUAAUGUAAUUUUGUACUCAACCAUUGGAAGCACCUCAGUGAAUACAAUGUUUGUUUAAUUCACCUUGUACUUAAACAAAUCAAUCCCAUUAAGAUGUCAUUUAUUUCAUAAUGGAUAAUGACAUUCCAAAUACAAGCAAAAAGUAUGAAAUAAAAUUUAACAGCUCAAAAA